AUGGCCAUCAUCUUUGAUCUUCCCGAUGAAGUGUUCAAGCUCAUCUUUGAAUAUCUUGUGACGGUCGAAUUCGCAUCCUUGGAAGUGCGACCCUUCGCAGGUCUCGACGCCCGGAUGGAAUGUGAAAUAUCGACGGCAUGCAAUUUGAGGCUGCCGCCCGACCAAACUGCCAAGUCUUGGAUCUUUGGGACCUUAGAAGUCCCCCGAAACCCCAUCAACUCUGGAGCAGAGGGUCAACUCAACACAAGAACGGACCAGAAUUGUGGAGCGAAUAUGAAAUUCUUGAAUGUUUGGCCGAUUAUUUCUCGGACUCGCUUACCGAAAUUACACUACGUUUCAGACAUUAUAUCUCACUCCCCGUCGAAAUCAUUCAAGCGAUUGGACGAAUCAGAAAUCUACGCACUCUUCGAUUGGGUUUUUGACCAUCCUACAAAUACGAAAUAUACUUACGAAAACCUGGAGUGA